AUGCCCAGCGGCGUCGGUCAGGUCCUGCAUGCCUUGUGCAACAAGGUCCUCAUGGAAACAGGUUUCCGUUUUGUCCAUCCCGAUUUCACCGUUCUCGACCAAGGCGAAUCACAGGCAGAUUUCGAAACUGGUGGAGAUGAACUCGAGGAAGAAUUCGAAGAUGUUGUUUCUGAUGGCCACGACGAUGAUGCUGCAAAUUUCGGCGCCGCGCAGUCGAAACCCUCUCGUGGGAAUUCCUUCCCUGGUGGACUACUGCCCGAAGAAAAACACAUCGUCAAAAGCACAGUGAAACCCGAGGACUGGCGAGUUGAGUGUGAGCGAGUGAGUGGUGAUGAUGAUGACAACACAUAG